AUGGAUUCUUUCAAUUCCUCUGCGACCUUGUUCGGCGGUUUCCAGCCAAUCCCGGACGUGAAGAACAACAAUGAUGUGCAGGAGCUGGGUAAGUUUGCAGUGGCAGAGUACAAGGCAGAGUACAAGAAGGAGCACCCAGGAGAAGCAGCUCUACUGUUCGCAGAGGUGGUGGAGGCUCAGAGCCAGGUGGUGGCCGGAACCAACUACAAACUGCUGAUCAAGGCCCUGGAAGCGGGGUAUCUUAGGCACUACAAGGCUCUUUGUCUCAUGAUAAAGUUCUAUGGAACGCUCCUAGAACCCCAUGGUCUGUCGUUGCAAUGUUUCUCUGUUCGUCUAACUUCUGCUUCUAGUCACAAUCGGUUCUUUGCGACCUUGCUCGGCGGUUUCCAGCCAAUCCCGGACGUGAAGAACAACAAGCAUGUACAGGAGCUGGGUAAGUUUGCAGUGGCAGAGUACAAGAAGGAGCACCCAAGAGAAGCAGCUCUAGUAUUCGCAGAGGUGGUGGAGGCUCAGAACCAGGUGGUGGCCGGAACCAACUGCAAACUGCUGAUCAAGGCCCUGAAAGCGGGGUAUCUCAGGCACUACAAGGCUCUUGUGUAUGAGAAUCCAUGGGAGCACGUCAAGACCUUGACAUCAUUUGAAUCUGUUUUCCCCUGA